AUGACUGAAGAUGCUAGGAUUCCCCAAGUUCCAAUCUCGAUUCCAACAGUUGAGACCGUGGCUCCUUCUACGCCUCAGGGCAAUCCUACUCCUCCUUCUGUCGACGGUGACAUUUCUACUGUUCCUGUAGACACAAUGCCUCCUUCUCGCAGUGUCGACUCCUUCUCUGCAAGCAACGAUGAACUUUUUUGGAGACAUUGGAGGCGGCAUCGGGACGAGGUCACUGGGCCUUCUUAG